AUGGCAAGCAGCUGUAUACGAAAACAUUCAGGACGGACGGACCGGCAAAAGCCCGACUUGUAUUCAUCCAUGGUUUCUCAGAUCACGGUAAGAUUGCACUUACCACAUGUGUAUUCGGCCUCUAACAUAUAUCAAGUCAACACCUACGGCGGCUUCUUUCCCCAUCUGGCUUCUAGAGGCAUUGAAGUUUACACGUUCGACCAGAGGGGAUGGGGCCGCUCUGUAACGAAACCCGCCGAGCGAGGAGACACGGGCCCAACUAGUCAGGUCCUUGACGAUAUCACCUCCUUCAUCAAGACAUUGAUUCCGAGCCCGGUACCGCUCUUCAUGAUGGGUCAUUCUAUGGGCGGCGGUGAGACCCUUUGCUACGCUGCACAAGGUCCAGAGGAAGUCCGCAAGCACAUUCGCGGCUUUCUCCUGGAGUCACCGUUUGUCGACUUCGAUCCCAAGUCCAAGCCCUCUCCCGUCACAGUCUUUUUUGGCAGAGUCGCUGGAAAGCUCAUGGCGAAGCGUCAGCUGACCAACAAGCUGGAUCCUAAACUUAUCUCACGAGACCCGGCGGUUUGCAAGCAAUUUGACGAGGAUGAGCUCUGCCAUGACACGGGCACGCUCGGGGGGCUUGCAGGACUGCUCGAUCGAACCAAUGCUUUGUCUAGCGGCAAGGUCGUGAUACCUGACAAUGCUGGAGAGGGUGGCGUGACGAGGAUCUGGAUCGCGCAUGGAGAACAAGAUGGCAUCACCAGCUAUCCUGCCUCUAAACGUCUGUUCAGUGCCCUGCAAGUCAAGGAUAAGGAGUUCAAGUCGUACGCGGGAUGCUACCAUCGCUUACAUGACGAGCCUAGUCCUGAUAAAGACGCCUUCCGGGACGACGUUGUCAACUGGAUACUUGCUCGCGCGACAGACCCUGCGGGCGAAGAUAGUGCAAAGCCAAGGCUAUAA